AUGCAAGUAUCCCAUAACCCCAAUUUCCCCUCCAUUAACUCAAACCUCAUAAACCCUAGCUUCAACCCCUGCAAUUCGAAUUUCCAAUCUUGCCUCAAGUUCAAGACUUUGGGAGUCUCCCGCUCAGUUUUGUCCUUCAACAAGUCUACAUCCAGCUUCCCAAACAAGCUCAACAGCACUAGACGUCGCCGUUUUGUUCCCUUUGUUGCAGCCUCUGCGGCUAAAAGGUCCUCCACUCCUGAUCACUAUAAAGUUCUCAAUGUCGGUAGGAAUGCCACUUUGCAGGAGAUUAAAGCCUCUUAUCGUUCACUUGCUCGGAAGUAUCAUCCUGAUAUGAACAAAGGUCCUGGAGCUGAAGAAAAGUUUAAAGAAAUAGGUGCUGCAUAUGAGGUUCUAUCAGACCCCGAGAAAAGGUCUCUGUAUGAUCGCUUUGGGGAAGAAGGUUUAAGGGGAGGAUUUGAUGCAACGGAUGCUGGUUCACAAGGGGUUGACCCCUUUGAAGUAUUCUCUGAAUAUUUUGGUGAAUCUAAUAGCUUUUUUGGAGGAAGUGGCGCAUCUAGUAGCUUUUUUGGAGGAAGUGGUGCGCAAAGAGGAUUCAAUUUUGAUUUUAGAGAGAGCCGUAAUCAGAAACUUGACAUUCGACAUGAUAUAUAUUUGAGCUUUGAAGAAUCAAUUUUCGGAGGAAAGCAUACAGUUGAAGUCUCUUGUUCCGAGACAUGCGAUAGUUGUGGUGGAACGGGCGCAAAAUCCAGAGAUUGUCUAAAGACGUGUGCCGAAUGUGGUGGUAGUGGACGGGAAGUAAAAACACAGAAGACACCUUUUGGCGUUAUGUCUCAGGUGAAUGCCUGUCCAAAAUGCGGUGGUGAAGGGAAGAUAAUUACUGAUCGGUGCCGUAGAUGCAACGGUCGUGGUGAAGUUAAAGCAAAACGGACUAUUGAAGUCAUUAUUCCACCUGGCAUUGAUGAUGAGUCCACCAUGAAAGUUCGAGGAGAGGGGAAUAUUGACCAGACUAGGGGUGUAGCUGGUGAUUUGUAUCUGUUUGUCCAUAUCGAGGAGAAGAAAGGAAUCUGGAGGGAUAAAAUGAAUCUAUACUCAAAAGUUGCAGUUGAUUAUACUGAAGCCAUCCUAGGGACUGUUAAGCAGGUGAAUACUGCUGAAGGUAUGAAGGAUCUACAUAUUUCUCCAGGAACUCAACCGGGAGAUAAAUUGCGAUUGCGAAAUAUGGGUGUUCCCAACAUAAAUAAGCCGUCCAGAAGAGGCGAUCAUUAUUUCACUGUUGAUGUUCAGAUCCCAAAACAUAUUAGUGACGCAGAGCUAGCAUUAGUUGAAGAGUUGGCUUCUCUUAGGAAAGUCAAAGGUUAUACGUCCCCGAGCAAUGAUGAAGGAACCCCUGGGACGGACAACAUGAACCAAUAUUCAUUCAGUGGAACAAAAACUGGGAAAAGUUGGUGGAAGUCAAUCAAGAACUUCUUAAGGAGGCGGCAAAAUGGAGAAAGAUAUGCAUCAAUUUGCAUUAAUACACCAACAUCAAAGUUUCUGGUCGGCUCGCCUGGUGUGACUGCCAUGUUCAUUAUAGUUCUUUCAGCAGCUUUCACUGUCUUAAUGAGCAGAUUCGGUUGGACUAAAUUUCGUCAAAGAAGGAAACGAAUAGAACACGUUUAUUGUCCUCCAGAAAAGUUGAAGUCGGAUAAGGAAAUAAUGUCGCUUUCGCUACUCUCGCCGGCGGAGGAUGGCGUUUUGGAGGUCGGCGGUGAGUUGAUGAGAGGAAGAAGAAGAAGAUCGGAGAAUAAGAAAGAGAGAAAAAUUGACGGGAAAGGAAAAGAAGUUAUGGGAGGAAGGUUACAACCAUAA